CUCAGCGCUCUGUAACCAAACCUGGGGCAAGGAAGAAGAAGAACACCUUGAAUAGAAGAUUCGAAGAUUCUACAUUUUAAGGGAACUUGUAAUCCGUAAAAAGCUCCUGAUGUGUUGCUUGAUCUCUUCAUAACCGUAUCGGUGAAAGCAAUUGAUGCCAUGGUUCCAAAGGAAACUGAUGAGCCUACAGAUUCUUUGCCAAAAGCACAGAGCAAAUCUAGGAUUAGUCAAUUAGAUGGCUCUGUAAUUGUGGCUUCAACCAAUGUACCUGAGAUUUUGACUGCUUCUGACUGUGGAGAGAGACUUCCUGAGUCGUCAAGAGGUUGGGUUUGUGACACAAUGAUGCCACCACCAGCUUCAUAUUCCCAAGCUGCCUCCUCAGAGUUACCUUUGAAUGUAGUGGAAGGUUUGGUUAGAGUAGAAAAUAGUAGAACUAGUCAUGAUGCUGAUGGUAUUUUGAACCAAGUGAUUUAUGAAGAAUCUGCAUUUUGUUUACCAGACCCUGCCGGCUCUGCUAGAUCAGAUCAGGGUGUUCAAAUUACAGGUUCUCUGCCAUUCUCAUCAGUUCUCUCCCAAAAUAUUACAUCAGCAGCAGACCAUUGGACUUUGAGAUCAGCUUCUUUAGUUAACCAGUCUGAGGAUGUCCAUGAAGCAGGUGUUCAGCCUCCUAACAUCUCAUAUAGCGGAUCAACAGUCAACGCAUCAGCGGAUACAUCUCUUCCCAACAAUCCUAUGGGACAGAGUCCUCGGUUACAUUUCCCUUCGUACAGUGACAUAUGUGACUACGAACUGGAGAAACUGAACAAAGAACAAGGGACCUUAAGGAAAAACUUUGAUGAAACGACAUUAGAGUUGAAGGCUGAACUCGAGAGAAAGAUGGCUGAAGCACGCAGUGAGUACGAUCGGAAAUCCCAAGAGGUAGAUACUGAAUAUAAUGCCAUUUCGAAACAGAUUGGAGCCUUUAGGAGUUUGGUUGCCAUGAACAGUCUCUUGGCGAACGCUUACAAGUCUUCACGUCCAGUGAAGAGUGCAGCGACGGAUACUGCAGCUGUUAGAGCAGCUAGAAGCUCCCAACAUCCAACGCAGCAGCAGCAAGCAGUACAAACGAACACGACUAUGACUUCAACUGCUCCUCCUCGACCCCCAGUCACAACAGCGGAAGCUCCAAUUCCUUCCGGUCCUCCUUCACAUUUCCCGCGCUGCAAUACGCCUCAACCGAGACCAGUAUCUCAGCAAGCAGUACAAACAAACACGAAUAUGAAUGCAACUACUCCUCCUCAACCCUCAGUCACAACAGCGGAAGCUCCAAGACCUUCAGGUCCUCUUUCGCAUUUCCCGCGCUGCAAUACGCCUCAACCGAGGCCAAUAUGUCAGCAAGAAGCAGCACAAUCCAACCCACAUAUGAAUUCAACCGCGCUUCCUCGCCCCUCAAUCACAACAGAAGCUCGUCCUCUACAUUCACCACCCUGCAACACGCCUCAGCCAAGGCCAAUAUCUCAGCUACCAGUAGUACAAUCAAACAGGCCUAUCAGUUCAACCGCCCCUCCAAGACCCUCAGUCACAUCAGAAGCUAUACCUUUGCAUUCACCACCCUGCAACACGCCUCAGCCAAGACCAAUAUCUCAGCUACCAGGAGUACAAUCAAACUCGCAUAUCAGUUCAAUUGUCCCUCCUGGACCCUCGGUCACAUCAGAAGCUAUAUCUUUGCCUUCACCACCCUGCAACACGCCUCAGCCAAGACCAACUCAGCUACCAGUAGUACAAGCAAACACGCCUAUCAGUUCAACCGCCCCGCAUGGACCCUCAGUCACAUCAAAAGCUAUAUCUUUGCAUUCACAACCCUGCAACACGCCUCAGCCAAGACCGCCACCUUUAAUCUCCAACCAUACUCCAACUUCUUAUUCAGCAGCAUCUGCUCCACAUGUGCAUGGUAUAGUGAGGCGGACCAUGGCACCUCACUUACGUUCAUCUCGACCUCCCAACUCUGCUGCUGCAUCAACAAUAAAUCCAACAAGGCAGGUUCAAGAACAACAACAACAACAACAACAACAGCAACAACAACAACAACAACAGCAACAACAACAACAACAAGGGAACUCAAACAGUAGCUUGGUCUAUCUCUCAGAUGAAGACUAGUGACAAAAUCCUUGGGAGUAUAUAUAGUAUAUAAGUUAUUGUAGUUUCUCGUAAGGAUAUAUAGGUAUCGAAGCCCUUAAAACAUUUGAGAAUACCACGUACGAAGAAACAUUUCGAAAAAAUGGACUGUUCAUUUGGAAACAUGUACUGGAACUUAGUGCUUAUAUGUGUUUUGCGUAAUGGAAUACAAAUUUUUUGGAUA